AUGUUCCUGUUACUUUACCUUGUAGCAGUUUUAUCUAAUUGUGAGGUAAGAGGUAUCUUAUUUUUCUUAUGAUUAAAUAUUCUGGUUGAUCUUUAAGGACCGCAAUGGCGAAAUUGUUUUCUUAAACAACCCUCCAAUAUGCUACGCAGAAGAUGCGCUCGUAUCAGCAUUGCAAUAUUUUCUUGGCAAUUCGCUUUGAGGACACUGAUAAAGUGUAAAAAAUUAUUUUAAUGAUUUACUUUUUAUACGAUGUCUUUAACAUGGACGAGGUUAGUUAAAAAUUUUCGGUUAAGUUAUCAGUACUUCGAAAUAUUAGGUUGACAUGUUCUAAGCUCUCGCCGCCUUAAAAAAUUAACGCUUAACUGUUUACCACAGUUAUCUCGAAACUGUUGAAGGAUAUCAUUUCUGGGUUUGCUUGCAGUUCGUAUGAGUAUAUCGUUUAAAGGAAAAAGAAAGAAAUUAAAGAAAACUUUCUUAAUUAAGUUCAAACUUAAUAUGAAACUCUGAACGAGUUCCUGAAAACGGUUUUCAGAUUAAUCUAACCCGACAGAUGCACGUAAACUUGAGAUACAAUGUGUUUUUUUUCGAUAUAUUUGAGGUCAGAUUAAAAAACUGACGAUAGAAAAUCGCCUUAUUGCAAAACAUCGGCGUCAAAUUGGGUCAAACUUACCAGCAAGAUUGGAUCACAAGUUUUUGCUGAGAAAAUAGCUUUGUUGACGAAAAGGACGACGUAUUUUCCUUCCUUAGUAAUCAAUUUUUCGCAGUUGGUUGUGAAUCUUAAAUGUUUAUCGUAUAUUUGAUAUGAUUUAUCGUAUAGUUGAUAUGUAGCAAAACAAACCGUUCUGUGGAGGUGCUUGGUAAAAGAAGUUGUAGCAGAAAUUAGACUGCUUUUUAAUGCCCUUUUUUACAGUGACACACUUCUUCUCCGGUUUUCGUUUUUCGAUUCCUUCGUUAUUCAUCUGUUUCCGGCGAAAUACGCCGGGUAAAAGGAGAAGGCUCAUUCGCUUUAUUUGUUGAUUGAGAACUGAAUGCACAGCAACUUCUUCGAGUUGGUUUUAAGAGGCGUCAUCCAAUAAAAUGGCAAAAACAACUUUAUUCAAACACCAAAAUUAAGUCCUUCAGGACAGAAGGCGAUUAUAUAAUUUAGUAGGCAAAAGCGUGUUUUACACCAAAAGUCCUCAAGGGAGACUGCAGCUUUUGUAAUUAUUGCGAAAAAGGGACUUUGAAAGCAGGAAGUUUAUUUAAAAACUGUUACGGAAGGCAACUUUACAUCGUUUUGUCUUCAUCUGGAGCCAAAAGUGUUUCGUGUUUGUAACCUUUUGUUAGAGAAAUUCAGUUCUGGAUACCAUUAUCCUUCAUAAAAUAUGCAUACGACUCUAGAAAUGUUCGGCAACUUUUACAUAUUAGCUGCACGCUCAACUUCUGUCGAAAGUAUAUCGCAGUCGUCAGACUGCGAUAUACAAAUAUCUGCGAUAGACAAAUAUCUUCAGUUCAGUUGAAUUUGUGUUGUCCCUCGAAAGUUCCCAGAGAGCGCAUAAAGAGAACAAAUAAUUCUUGAGACCUCAACGAAAUCAAUAUCACUUAAUAAUUCAUGAAAGUCUUAAACUGUCAGGUUUAGUAUUGAGCUCUUUGGAAAUCGAUAUACAAUGAUUAUCCAAGCAAGGAACUUAAAAAAAUAAGCUGCUUUGAUAAAAUUUUUAGGCGAAAAAAAAGCAUUUUAUUCUAAAAUAACAGGAGUCAUAAGCAGAACACGAACAUAUUUCGCCAAGUUGCGCAAUAAUUUGGAAUUUUUUUUCGAAGGAUUCUGAAUCCCACCAGAUUCCUCCAAGCUAUUUUAAUUUGUGCAGGUGAACGAUUAAACUUUGUGCCUAUCUAAGAAGCCUUUUUCAAAAAGGUGCUGUUAUUUAUUCAUUUAUUAACUUAUUAUUCAUUCUCUAAUUGCAACUUAGACGCCCAGAACCGUGAAAUGAAACCAAAUUUACUUCAAGGCCGCAGUUAUGCCCUUUAAUUUGACGUCAAGAAAGUCCUAGCAAAUUUUCGCGAUUCGGCAGGCCAAAACAAAAUUUUUUAGGGUAUUGUGCACCUGCUUCAAGAUGAAUUUCAUUCCAAAGAAUUCCGCACAAAAUUUCGACCUCAAAUAAAAUUUUGCUAACAUCACAUGUGGAAUGCUAGGAUAUAUCUAUGGAAAUAUUGAGGCAUAGAAACAUUUCAUCAGGAAUAGAAAUUCGAUUCCGAAUCGAGCUCGUUUUUCCUUACCUAUUAACGUAUCAACUUCAUUUAAAAUCGCCUAAUUUUGUUGCUCUUCCGUUUACAGGCCUCAGAAUUUAAGUUCAGCCUCUCCAGGUCUACAGAUUGGCAAUAUGUUGGCCGUCGUGUAAAGUACACACUUGAAAUGACCAUUCCAGAGACCACUCAAUUGAAGACAAAAAUCAAGUGUCCUUUCAACACCUCCGCCAUUCUGCGACUAACAAAAACAGAAGUAACUGAGGUUAGCUCUCAGCUUACCGUCCCAAACACGUCCCCAAACCUCACUUCAUCUGCAAAUGAUGGUCUUCACGAUAUUGCAUUUUUUGAAUUUGGCGAAGUCACUCGAGCAACUUAUGAGAACGAAACCAAGAUUAAGAUUGAGUUUGAGAUUCAGGUGAUGGAUCACCAGGAGAUCGUGAACGGUGGCUUGCAGUGGGUUAGUGUUGGAACCGAGUACAAAAAUCAAUCUGUUUGGGCUGCCAUGCUAGCAGUAAAGACUGUCAAACCAGCCUGCAAGAGACCUGAUCUGAAAGUGACCUUAUGGAGUGUUUCAAACUACCAUACCGUUCGCUCUGGGUAUGCAUGUAUUUUCUCUCGUAAUUAUUUUAAAGCAAAUUACUCAUUACAAGUUGAGGACUUUAUUUUAUUCGGAGAAAGGCAUCAACGUGCCGAUGCUAGGUUGGAAAAUCCAAUAUUUACAGCAAAACGGCUUAGGUGCUUUACUGAAAUGUUGUAAAAACUAAUGUAGGCAAACAGAUCGGAGACCAAAAGACGAGAACUUGAAUUAAUGAGGCAAUAGAGGCAAGAUUGAGGAGUUUAAAAUAGGAACGGGAUGUUGGGGAACUGCAGGCAAACAAUUUCAUGCGACUUAAACUUAAAGCAAUGUGGGCAACAUUUUGAAGUAAACAAGAUGAACAUCUCGUUCAGCACACAAUCCGGUAGUUAUCUCACCAAACUAAGAAAUCGUCGAAAGAUUCUUGAGGUAGAGAUAACAAAUUACACCUAACAUCGCUGUUUGAUUUGUAUCCAUAAUCAGUGACUACUUUGUGGAAUGUUUCAAUUACAGGCCAGAAAAACAUUGAUGAGUGCUUAGCAAGAGAUUACAAACUCCUGAUUCUCAGUUAUUUCAAAUUCGUAGCCCUUCAACUUUCUGCUCAAUAAUUUCCACUCCGCACUAAAUCUAAACUUUAAUUGUCGUGAUCUCAGCCGAUGAGCUUUCUAAAAUUGCCGCAUGUAUAUUUAAAUUUACCUAAUCCCACUUUAAGGCUUUGUAUGAUCUUCCCUCCCCCCCUCCUUGGCAGUCAAUUUUCUAUAUUUUCCUUCUUUAUGGUCUGUUGGCUAUUGUUGAUUCCCCCUCCCUUCCCCCUGAAAAAUCAUAUGAUCCCUCUCAAAACUGCUUCCACCCCUCCCCCCUCUCCCCAGUCCAUGAAAAAUGACUGGUCCUUUACAGUACCUUGAUUGACAUGCUGUCCUUUUAUUUUUUGUUAGGGACCAAAUCAAUCUCCGUGUGGAUGUGGAGCACUCAGACGAUACUACAGACCUGGUGGAGAAUGGCAAAUUACAACUACCCUUACCGCCUUUCCUUACCUACAAUGAUUUUACCAAAUUCUCCAACUCUGUCAGUGUUGUUGCGCAAUCUGAUUCGCAGAUGGUCUCAUUCAAGGUUAGAAACUCAUUUUUAUCCAUAAAAACAUUUUAGCCCAAAAUUAGGUUUUUGAAAUACGACCACACAAUUGUUAAUCGGUGCCAACCUUGUUUUGUAUUGUUUUCAGUUUGAGAAACUUGAAUUUUACCAAAAAGUGUCACUGAGCAUAAAAUUAAACCUGGAUCCCGGCAAAACAAGAGCUGACGGGAAAAUCCACGACUGUACAGUGUACGUGAAUCUUAAAUACAAUGGGUCAGCGGACACCUGUAGCUCGGCCUCAGGCUCCCGGGAGUUUUCUCACCAAGGGCCAUCCUCAGCUUCAUUCAAGUAUUAUGUGCAAAGUACGUAUCAAGGUUACCAUCGCAUCAACCAAUGAUUGUAUUCAGUGGAAGAUGAUGUCGUUUAUGUCAUCAUUUAUCAAACACAUUGAUGGCGAGAUUUCUACCGCGUUAUACUUAAUGAGGGUGAAACCCAAAUCGACUAUCACGUGAAGAAAUUGAGGACGAAUUUAUUCCUGUUUAUAACCGUUCACUGUUAAGCAACUCACUUUUACACACUACCUAAUCGCGAAAUUGAUAACGAGUGGCGUAGCCAAUCCAAUUGCAGCAAUCGUGUAGAGCGCUGUUAGAUUUAUACCGAACAUAUAUAUUUUCCACUUGGAUGGCACAAUGGCGGCUUAUUUCGAUUAUUUACUUUUCGUCAUAGUCACGCGCCACCAUUGGUUAGUAUUUUUGUCUAACUUUUAACCCUUUGCAUCCCAAUAUCAGUAUUCAGAUUCUCCAAACUCUCCUCAAUACAUGUCCUUUGGCACAGACAAGGAGAAUUCGUUCAACAAUCAAAGCUUCAUAGCUUGUUGAUCAAUUCCUUUAUUCUCAUGAUCCUAAUGAAUGAUUCAGUAGUAAAACUGUAAGGAGAAAUUAGAUGCUAGUCAGUCUCAUGGCUUAAAGGGUUAAACCAAACUUCUUUUUAUAUUUUAGAAGCCAAAUGUGACAAAGCUCUUGGUUUGCAAGAUAAGAGUAUCACAGACUCUAAGAUUACAGGUUCGUCCUAUUCUUCUGGCGGUGAGCCUCACGAGGCCAGGUUGGGUGGCAGUAAGGCGUGGAUACCUAGUGGACAGUUGGCGUAAGUUGUAAUAAAACAGCUUUCAGCUUUGGGCGUGUAUGGGUCAUAAAAUAACUGUAUAUACUCUGGGCUUUAUAUAGGGGGGGGCAUGAAAAACUGAAAACCAUGUGAUUGUCUUUGGUCUAUGUUUUGAAAAUAUUCAAAACGAUUGCAUAAUGAAACUCGCGUAGAGACUGAAUCCACACGUGAUCGCCUAAAAACUUCUUCCGGCGUUUUAUUUCUCGGGGUGGUAUAUGAGGUAGAUUUAAUAAAAGGAGUUCAUUAAGGCAAAUUGGGAAAUUGCGAUCUUAAAAAAGACGCGUUUAGACUUAAAAUUUUCAAGAUACGCAGAUUUUCUGCUCGCAUUUUGACUCCUUUCAAGCUCAUAACAAUACGUGAUUUAUUUUACUUUGAUUUCCAUGAUCGAAACGUAGAGUUAAAUUAGGUGAUAACGUAACCCAGUUUUUCUGAUUUUCUUUUUCAUUAUUACCUUAGGAGGGAAAAAUCACAGUUUCUUCAAGUCGAUUUCACAGAUGUAGCCAAGGUCUGCCGACUCACCACGCAAGGUUUCAAUGGCAGUUUCGUCACCAGACUUUCCCUUUUCUACAGCGAUGAUGGAGUCAUUUGGAAACCAUACAAAGAAGGAAGCAAGAUCAAGGUAACGCAAUCAUGUAAGAUCCGAAUUAGUCACGCCUCUCGAUAAAAGCGUGACGAAGACUAUUUUGGCCGAAAAGGACGAGGUAAAGGGUAAAUAUAAAGUAUUUCAGCUGUUACUGUUUUCCUGUUAUAUAUAAUUUAGAGGCGUUUCAUAUGCCUGACGAUGGUUUUUUUUAAUUUGUUUUCUUUUUCUGUUUGCUUUUCAAGGAAUUUGCGGCAAACACCAAUGACGACUACACUCAGAUUAUUGUGCUUCAGAUUUGUAUCCAGGCUCGGUUUAUCCGUAUCAAUCCUGUGGGGUGGUACAACAGUAUUGCUCUCAGGGUGGAGUUCUUCGGGUGCACGAUUGGUCCCGCACCCUCCUCGGGUACGUCUCGAUACGUUAGUACUUUUUGAUAUCUGAAACUGCAAGUCAGGAGAAUGACAAGUCUAACACUUGAUAUGUCAACUUUUCAAGAAUCGACCGACUGACUGACUGACUGACUGCCUGACUGGCUUGCCGCCUGGCUGGCUGACUGGCUGAUUGACUGACUGACUGACUAACAGAUCGACUGACUGAUUGUCUGACUGGCUGGCUGACCGACUGACUAAGUGACUGACUGACUGACUGACUGACUGACUCACUAACUACCUGACUCUUUAACUUACUGAUGGACUUACUGAAUACUAUCUAAAAUACUAAAUGGCCGGCUGACUGAUUGACCAACGUACUGACUAUCGACUGACAGGCUAGCUAAAAUCCGUAAUAUUCGUUUGUUUUGACUGACUGCCAUAGUGAUUUCUUAAUUGACUCACGCGGUAAUAUCUUAACCAAUGCAGCCCAGUAACUUAAGUGACACAAUAACUUUCAAUGAAUUUUUUUUAGGUUCUUUGACAUUCACAAGUCGCGGUUACUUGUUAGACAAGAGCUCUGACAUCAUGUACGUUUGCAGCGUGCCAAUGAAAGGGUAAGACCUUCUUAACAGUGAGUCACGCAACAAACAGACAAAGACAUCCGUGACCAAGUAAAGUUUGAUUGCUAAAGACAGGUGGCAGUGAAGAGUAUGAAAAACCCUUGAAAUUUAUACGAUUGUUUUAUUUUAAUUUUGCAGAAGUAAAAGUGCACCAAAUUGCUUUCGUAGUGAAGACAAAGGCAAUUCUUGGACAGGUAAAAUCAUUGAGUCUUUCAAAAGCUUAGCUACGACCACUGAAAAGGGUUUGUGGGACGGGGGUGGGGGGGGGGGAGGGAAAUUGGUAAGAAUGGUAGGAAAAACAACAUGAUACAACCAAAUAACAAAAUUAAAAAGUGGAAAAUGGCGCGCAUACGACAAAAUCAUAUUAAGCGAGAAGCAGAGAGAAACAUUUUAACUCAAACAGCUUAUGGGUCUAGUAGAAACAGGAUAGAAAGGAAUAGCUACCUCCUGUUGGACGAUGUGGUGCCUCCACACUCUUUUCCAGAUCCUUGCUCGUUGUAAAUGAUCAAGACCCGGUACGGACUAAUGACUAGCAUCAAGCGACAAGACGUUUUAAAUAUGCUUUUAUUUGAUACACAAUAUACAGGCUUGGAUAAUCGUCUUCUUACUCUGGUUGGACAUGACAAGGACGAGAAUAUUCUCUUUGGAGUGAGCAAGAACGGAAAAGCCAUUCUGAAAAGCACCACAGACCAUUUGGCUCGGUUCGUCGCCGUUCCUGAAGAUGAAUGGGUGAAAGCAAAAACUAAAUCAAACACAGUUUUAACUAAAACGCUCGAGAAUUCCUUGGCUAUUGCUGACGCAAACAUGAACCCACAAUCUCCACACACAGUCACUGCGGACAACUCCGGCACUGAGUGGGGAGGUAAGUCAAAAUUAUUUUAGGUCAUGUCUCUCCACCGAAGAGCGCGUUGUGAUAGUGUCGUGGAAGCCAAACUAAAGUCAUCACAUUGUCCAAUCAGAGCAAAAAGAGUUAUGGUAAUGAGCCAAUGAGAGAUAAGAAUUAAAACAGUCACACUGCUUAAAGCGCGGGAAAACGCCCGAAUGACCAGAUCUUGAUGGGUUUUCCUCCAAAGAUUAUUGAUGUGUAACGCUGGCCAUAAGGAUCGCAGCACGAAAUCGCAUAUAGCUGAUGUUAUUUUCUUGCUGCUGUGAUCCUUGUUAUUGGCCAUAUCGGAAUAGCCGACAAUUUCCGAUAAUCAUCCGACUCGGAAACUCGUCAUUAAAGCUCCUCGGGCGUACCUCUGGCCGGUGGGAUUUAGGCGCAACCUUGUUAUUGUCGGUGCUGUUGCUUCUGUAAGGGUGCCACAGAUGAUAAGUAAUGGUGCUAACGAGAAGCUUCUUUCCUUUUACAGCUUCUGCUCAAGGCAUUCAUGUAAAAGAGAGCUCACAGUGGAAACUGAAAGCCAUAUGGAUGUGUUCUGGUAUGUAA